GUGCUCCCAUGUUAUGAUUAGAUUAUUAUUCAUCUAGUCCCUUGCUAUUCAACUUUGUCUUUAGUCUGUGAGCUUUCCUUUCAGCUUCCAACAAAGGAUUUCAUUGCUGCAAGAACUAAGGUGUGUCUAAGUUUUUACCUGACAGAUGGAGUGAUGCAAGUGUUUCUGGUAAGACCAAUCCUUGGUUUAGGGUGGGGAGGAACCGCCCAACAGGCUACCCAUAGAUUCCUCUGGUACACAGCAGCAGCCGUUCCUCAGGAAGGACAUUUUAGACAUCACAUGCAGACGCCCAGGAGAAGAGCUUCAGGUUGCCUGGAUUUGUUCUCCUGGGGAAACCAAAGAAAAUGACUUGGCUCUUCCCCAGAACCACAGGGGCUCUGGUCAUCCUAAUCGUAUUCGUGUUGGUUCAUGGAGAAUUUCAAGUACAGACAAAAGGACAACAUGGAAGAGAUGAGACAGCAGUGCAGCAAGCCAAAAGAAGAUACAAACGUGAAUGGGUGAAAUUUGCAAAACCCUGCAGAGAAAGAGAAGACAACUCCAAAAGAAACCCAAUUGCCAAGAUCACUUCAGAUUUCCAAGCAACCCAGAGAAUCACCUACCGCAUUUCUGGAGUAGGAAUUGAUCAGCCCCCUUUUGGAAUCUUUGUUGUCGAUCCAAACACUGGUGACAUUAACAUCACAGCCAUAGUUGAUCGAGAAGUAACCCCAAGCUUCCUGAUCACAUGUCGUGCACUGAAUGCCUUGGGACAAGAUGUAGAGAAACCACUUAUACUAACUGUCAGAAUUUUAGAUGUCAAUGAUAAUCCUCCAGUGUUUUCCCAAACCAUAUUCAUGGGGGAAAUAGAAGAAAACAGUGCUUCAAACUCACUGGUGAUGAUAUUAAAUGCCACUGAUGCAGAUGAACCAAACCAUUUGAACUCUAAAAUUGCCUUCAAAAUCGUCUCCCAGGAGCCUGGAGGCAUGCCCAUGUUCCUCAUAAGCAGAAACACUGGAGAAGUCCGCACCCUCACCAGCUCGCUUGAUCGAGAGCAAGUUAGCAGCUACCAUCUGGUUGUGAGUGGUGCAGAUAAAGAUGGAGAAGGACUAUCAACCCAAUGUGAAUGCAGUAUUAAAGUGAAAGAUGUCAACGAUAACUUUCCAAUGCUUACAGACUCUCAGUAUUCAGCAAAUAUCCAGGAAAAUACUUUAAAUUCUGAGUUACUUCGAUUUAAAGUAACAGACUGGGAUGAAGAAUACACAGACAAUUGGCUGGCUGUAUAUUUCUUUACCUCUGGAAAUGAAGGGAACUGGUUUGAAAUAGAAACUGAUCCCAGAACUAAUGAAGGCAUCUUGAAAGUAGUGAAGGCUCUCGAUUAUGAACAAGCCCAACGCAUGCAAUUUAGUAUUGCGGUCCGAAACAAAGCUGAAUUUCACCAGUCAAUCAUCUCCAAGUAUCAAGUACAGUCCACUCCAGUCACAAUUCAAGUCAUAAAUGUAAAAGAAGGAAUCUCAUUCCGUCCUACUUCUAAGACAUUCACUGUGCAAAAAGGCAUAAGUGCUAAAAAAUUGAUUGGUUAUACCCUGGGAGCAUAUCAAGCCAUCGAUGAGGAAACUGGUAAAGCUGCCACAUCUGUCAGAUAUAUCAUGGGUCGAAACGAUGGUGGUUUACUUAUUAUUGAUCCAAAAACUGCUGAAAUCAAAUUUGUCAAAAACAUUGAUCGAGAUUCUACUUUCAUAGUUAACAGAACUAUCACCGCUGAGAUUCUAGCCAUAGAUGAAAAUACAGGUAAAACUUCUACAGGCACAGUGUAUGUGGAAGUACCCAGUUAUAAUGAAAACUGCCCAUCAGUAGUCCUGGAAAAGCAAGAAAUUUGCAGUUCAUUACCUUCUGUGACUGUCUCAGCUAGAACCCUUGACAGGAGUAAAUACAGCGGCCCCUACACAUUCUCCCUGGAGGAACAGCCUGUAAAGUUGCCAGCUAUAUGGAGUAUCACAACACUCAAUGACACCUCAGCACUGCUCAGAGCCCAGCAACAGAUCUCCCCUGGAGUGUACACAGUUCCUCUUGUGGUUACCGACAAUCAGCACAGGCAGUGUGAGAUGCCAGAAAGCUUGACUCUGACAGUAUGUCAGUGUGAUGAAAGAGGUGCUUGUGGAAAAGCAGACCCAAGCAGAGAACUUAGGAACCCAUCAACCUGGAGACUGGGGCCUGCUGCUAUUGGCUUGAUCCUUCUGGGGCUCUUGCUGUUGCUGUUGGCCCCUCUUCUGCUGCUGACCUGUGAUUGUGGGUCAGGUCCCAUUGGGGGUGCGACAGGUGGUUUUGUACCAGUUCCUGAUGGUUCUGAAGGCACAAUUCAUCAGUGGGGAAUUGAAGGAGCCCAACCUGAAGACAAGGAAAUGACAAAUAUCUGUGUGCCACCAAUCACAACCAAUGGAGCAGAUUUUAUAGAAAGUUCUGACAUUUGCACCAACACAUAUGCUGGCGGGACAGUGAUGGAAGGAGGUUCUGGAAUGGAACUAACCACCAAGCUGGGAGCAGCCACUGGAUCUGGAGCUACUGGAGGAUUUGGAGAAGCUUCUGGACUUGGCCCCUGCCCAUUAGGAAUGUCAGGAACCAUGAGAACAAGGCGUUCCACUGGAGGAACCAUGAAGGAUUAUGCCGAUGGGUCCAUAAACAUGAAUUUCCUAGAUUCCUACUUUUCUCGGAAAGCAUUUGCCUGUGCAGAGGAAGAAGAUAUCCAGGAAGCCAGUGACUGCUUGCUGAUCUAUGACAACGAAGGCCUGGAUGAUGCACCAGGUUCUCCUGUAGGCUCGCUGGGUUGUUGCAGUUUUAUUGCUGAUGACCUGGAUGAUAGCUUUUUGGACUCUCUUGGCCCUAAAUUUAAAAAACUUGCAGAGAUCAGUCUUGGUAUUGAUGACGAAGCCAAACAAGCUCCGCUGCCUUCUAAAGACAGUGGCUCUGGAGUUGAUCGCUGUGGGAGGCCCAUAGAAGUCCAGCAGUCAGGAGCAGAUAGGUGCCAGACCCUGCCUGGUGGUCAAAGACCUUCUGCUUUGUCUGGAGUUGAUUACCAUGGGAGACCCAUAGAAGUCCAGCAGUCAGAAGCAGAUAGAUGCCAGACUCUCCCUGGUGGCCCAAGAGCUUCUGCUUUGUCUGGAGCUGAUUACUAUGGGCGACCCAUAGAUGUCCAGCAGUCAGGAGCAGAUAGGUGUCAGACUCUGCCUGGCAGUCAAAGAGCUUCUGCUCUGUCCGUUUCUGGGUCUGUUCAACCAGUCAUAGCCAUCCCUGACCCUUUGCUACAUGGUAAUUACAUGGUAUCAGAGACUUACUCAGUUUCUGGGUCCUAUGUGCAACCCACCACUGCAGUCUUUGAUCCCCUUAGCACACAAAAUGUAAGAGUGACAGAAAGGGUGGUUUGCCCCAUUUCCAGUGUUCCAACUGAGCUACGAGGGUCACACACUUUGCUCUAUUCAGAAGAGCCUUGCUCCCACCUAUGACCAGGUGAGCCAAAAUAACAUACUUGCCAAAUCUGGAUAAUAUUUGGACCGCAUUCUUUAAAAUUACACAGUAAAGCUCAUUG